AUGGUGUGCAAAUUGAAAAAGUCCUUAUAUGGAUUGAAACAAGCCAACGGGCAGUGGUAUGAUAAGUUGGCCAGCAGUCUUCACUCAGAAGGAUACAAACACUCGGAUAGUGACUAUUCACUGUUCUAUAGAAAAAAAGGUAGCUCUUUGGUUUUUGUUGCAAUUUAUGUUGAUGACAUAAUCCUCACUGGCACUGAUGUAAGUGAGAUAAACUCCCUAGUUCAAGAUAAAGGAUUAGGGAAACUACAUUACUUCUUGGGGCUAGAAAUACUGUACAGGCAUGAUGGUGCUCUUAUUUCACAGACAAAGUUUACUUCUGAUCUUUUAAAAGAGUUUGAUGUCUUGAAUUGCAAAGUCACUACUUCACCACUUGAUUACACUGAAAAGUUGAAGGCUACAGAUGGGAAGCUACUGCCAGAUCCUACUUACUAUAGAAAAUUAGUUGGCAAACUAAAUUUUCUCACAAACACAAGGACGGACAUAGCCUACAGUGUACAACACCUAAGCCAAUUCAUGCAAACACCUAGAGAACCACACUUGAAAGCAUCUUACCAUGUUCUCAGAUAUUUGAAGCAGGACCCUACACUGGGAAUUUUCAUCUCAAACAAGCCUGACCUCACUGUCAGUGCUUAUUGUGAUUCAGAUUGGGCAGCUUGCCCUGAUUCAAAGAAGUUUGUCAGUGGGUACCUGGUCCUUAUGGAGGAUAGUCCUAUUAGUUGGAAGUCCAAGAAGCAAGCCAUUGUGUCUUUAUCCUCUGCAGAAGCUGAAUAUAGAGUUGUGAGACAAGUGGUAGGAGAGUUAGUGUGGCUGGAAAGACUACUUGAUGAGUUGACAGUAAAGUGCUCCUUGCCUAUACAUGUUCACUUUGACAGUCAAGCGGCAGUACACAUUGCCAAGAAUUCAGUUUUUCAUGAAAGGACAAAGCACAUUGAAAUUGAUUGUCACUUUGUUAGGAGUAAACUUCAACAAGGCUUUAUCACACUUCACCACAUAUCCACUGAUUCGCAGCUGGCAGAUAUCUUCACCAAAGCCUUGACUGGGGUCAAACAUACUACACCCUUGAGCAAGUUUUCUGUUCUCACCUCCAACUUGAGGGGGGGUGAUGAGACUACACAGUCGAAUUAG